AUGAGGAACCCAUUCGCCCUUACUGGCGCUGUCGGAGAUGACACUCCCAGCCAGAUCUUCGGAUAUCGCAUUUACUUGCUUGCCUUAUCGGCUACAUGGGCAUCUGCCAUGUACGGCUAUGACUCUGCUUUCAUCGGAGGCACCCUCAGUCUCCCCUCCUUCCAGACCUCCUUCGGUCUGACUACUGCGACUACCACUAACCUCUCAUCCAACAUUGUUUCUACCUUCCAAGCCGGCGCCUUUUUCGGCGCUAUCCUCGGUUUCUUCCUGGCCGAACGUUUCGGUCGCAAGCUCGUCAUCAUUCUCUUCGGCCUGGUCUUCAUCGUUGGUGUGAUUCUCCAACUCAUUGGUCAUCUCGGAUUGUUGUACGCUGGUCGCGCUUUGACUGGGUUGACCAUUGGAUGUACCUCUAUGAUCAUUCCUAUCUACAUUUCAGAAUGUUCGCCAGCCCAGAUUCGUGGUCGCAUGGUCGGCAUGUUUGAGAUUAUGCUUCAGAUCGCCCUCGUCUUUGGCUUCUGGGUCAACUAUGGCGUGCAAAAGAACAUCUCCGGCACAGAUUCUAAGCAGUGGAGAAUCCCCGUCGGUAUCCAGCUCAUCCCCGUUGGUCUCUUGUUGAUCUUCAUGCCCUUCAUGAUUGAGUCUCCUCGUUGGUUGGCCAGCAAGAACCGCAAUGAGCUUGCUAUCAAGAACUUGGCCUGGGUCCGCAACCUACCCGAGGACCACCCUUACCUCCUCCGUGAGAUGGCCGAUAUUCAAGCUGGUGUUGAACACGAACUCCAACUCGUCAAUGGUUCCCGCGGCGCUUUCCAGAUGUUGCGCGAAUGCGGUACUCCUGGAAUCCGUAACCGUAUCAUUAUCUCUGUCAUGCUCAUGCUUUUGCAAAACCUUACUGGAAUCAACGCCAUCAACUACUACUCUCCCACCAUCUUCAAGUCCAUCGGCUUCACCGGUACCUCUGUCCAGCUCCUCGCCACUGGUGUCUAUGGGUUGGUAAAAAUGGCCACGACAAUGGUCUUCAUGGUCUUCAUCGUGGACAAAUUUGGCAGACGCCCAGCCUUGCUUAUUGGUGCCGUCGGCGCUGCCGUAGCCAUGUUCUACCUCGGCAUAUAUUCCGAGCUCAGCGGCUCCUUCCACAAGAUCCCACCCAAGGACUCUGGCUCCAACGCCGCUGUCGCCAUGAUCUAUAUUUACGCCAUAUUCUACGGUUUCUCCUGGAACGGUAUCCCCUGGAUCAUUGCCUCUGAAAUCCUGCCCAACCGUGUCCGUACCCUCGGCAUGAUGUUUUCGGUCUGCAUGCAAUGGCUCGCCCAGUUCAUGGUCGUCUACUCUCUGCCUCACAUGGUUAAGACCAUCACUUUUGGUAUCUUCUACUUUUUCGCUGCCUGCACUCUUGUCGCGCUCGCUUUCGCGUAUCUGUUUGUCCCCGAGACCAAGGGUGUUCCUCUCGAGGAAAUGGACUUCUUGUUCGGCGAGGACGUCAGCGUCUUUGCUGUCGCUGCUAAGAAGCAUUACAAUGAGUUCAAGCAGACUGGUCUGACUGUUAGCGAGAUACACCGUUCCGAGAAGGGCGGUGAGGCUCAGUAUAUUGAGAAGGUAUAA